AUGCCUCCAGAACGUGCUGCACCGCCACAUCCACCCAGUGUCACAAAUCUCAUGGUAGAUGGAAAAGGAGCAAGAGGUAACAUUAUCAUAAAUGAGGGUAUUGAGGUCAACAUAUCAUGUUCUUUUGACAAAGGAAAUCCCUCCACGAACUUCCUUCUUCUGGAUAAAACAAUAAAGGAAAUAAAAGCAUCUAGAGACGAACAACAUCUGAACCUCUCCCUUGUCCUCCAAUGCAAAGACGACUGGCCCACCAUCAGAUGCCAAGGAAGUGGCUCCGAAACGAACGAAUCUAUCUCUUUCCUUGUUAAGUGCCGUCCUCAGUUUGUCGACAAGCACCCCAAGGUUGUGGAGACUGCAGCAAACAUAAAGUGGAUAUUAACCAUAAAAGCCCACACAACUGUCAUUCAAAAAUGUCUCUUGAUGUCGCUGACUUUAGGAGAGAACUCAAACAGAGAAGUCAAAUGUACCCUGACUGGCGACCCCCCUGACCUGCUGCUUAUUGUUUCCCUUGACAAGGAGGAUGUAGCAAAGGGAGGAAACUGGGGGCUGACUCUCCACAAUGAGAAAGGCUCAUCAGACACAUUAGUGUUUAGCAUACAAUCACGUGAGUAGAAUUUCAAAGUUGUAUUAAUAACUUUUGUAGAAGCACUAGUGUCCAUAACACGAGUGUAGUUUCAAAUACUAUUAAUAACUUCUACAGAAACCUGAAAAAGUAGAUAUUAGUAGAUACUAAGAACUGUCCAAAAAGAAACUUUUUUAAUUGUAAUUUUUAAAAAUCAGUGAUGAUACCAACAGUCACGAAUAUUUUCAUAUUGUUUUGACGU